CCAGUGUGUCCACUGUGCAAACACUGAUUGAAUUCAAGGUUAGGACGAAUGCAACUUGGCCACAGUUCAAACUAUUCCAGGUUUAUCAUAGUUCCAUAGAACCAACGCUGUCAGGCUCAUUGGGCUGCUGGCCAGACUUUUGGUAUUUAACAACGUUCGAACGCCUCCUAUAUAUCUUGACUCUUUUUUGCCCUUUACAUCGAUCACGUCUGCCCUCAAAUAUCCUUUUUUGCCCUUGUUUCCCAUCACAACUUAACGUUCUCAAGUCAGCCACUCCCCCGUAUCCUAAGCCACAUCCUUCUUUCUUUCUGACCACUUCGUCAGCCACGCCAAUUCGUACUCUUCCAGCUCUCUCCCCCGUGAAGUAUUUUAGGGUCUCACUUAUCUACAAGGAAUGGCCGCACAAUCUAUGCCGGCAUACGGCAUUCAGACUGAGGACUCACAAGGACCUUCCAGUGGCGAAGCCCAUGUCCUUAGCAGUCCGACAGCCACAUGCCAGACCUUUAUAGCUCCUCACGGCUCAUACCCUCGCGUUCCAUCCUCUUCCAUUGGCAUCUUACACGUCUUGGGUUAUACCCCCGCUGAAGGCGAACAGAACAUUCCCGUCGUCGUAAAUUUCAAUUGCACUACUGACCUCGCUGCCGGCUCACACAUUCGUCUCGUUGUCGGUCGUCGUGCAGUAGGCACCAAAGUCCGUGAGCUUGAACCAGCUGGCUACGGGCAUUGGCAACUAGAGGCAACCGUUCCCCCGUUCUCCCGGCAUCAUUCUACAUCACCGAACCUACCCUUGACAAUUCAGGCCUUGGCCGAUGAUAAGACGUUGCUAGACUCUGUUACAUUCGGUGAAUUUACAUAUUGGGAACAAGAACGCGAAAAAAAUCCGACCCCAAUGACACGAAAGCACACACCUAGUCUCUCUUCAAAUAGUUCGGGUUUCACACGGACGGCACCCACCGUUGCUGUUUCACGUUCGGGGUCGUCAGAUAGAUCACGGAAACGGUCCAAGCCAUACAGCCGGCCUUCAACCCCAGCGUCGUCUUCAGAUUCAGAUCCCGGCCAGUCACAAGCGCAAAAAUCAUCCGCACGUCUUCAAGCCCAGCCCCAAGCGCAGGGUCUUCGGCGCACGAGGCAAGCAGUCGACGCCUCAGAGGAUGGCGCCCAGACUGCAAGCCUCGACAUUAUGGUUGUGCUUGACAGCUUCUGCUAUAAUUGGGAUGAGUUAGAAAUGCAAGCCGGCAGGCGCCUUGUGCGCUUUUCCCGCAUUCGGGACGGGAACAAACUCCUUGUUUCAGCAGAGCGCAUCUCCCCGGGCGACUAUGAUGCUAAAGACAUCGUUAUCUCGUGCAUCUACCGCGACGAGACUGACUCUUGCUGCGUCACGUCCGUUGACAUCAUCCAUUUGCUCCAGAGGCUCGUCGCCGCAGAGUUCGUCGUGGAGGAGAAGAAUCGUAUUAGACGAAACCUCGAAGGCCUACGGCCUACCACUGUCUCCAAGUCGCGUCCAGGCUUUGAGAGUUUUUUCCAGCGCAUUAUGGAUUUUCCAGAUCCAAAGCCGCGCAAGAUCGAGAAAGAUCUCAAGGUCUUCGAUUGGAAGUUGCUUCCCCAAGCACUGGAUAAGAUCAUAUCCAAAUACUCCCUGAGCAAUUUCGGGCCUAUCCCAACAAAGGAAAGCAGUCAGGCAGCUUCCUAUCAGACGCCUGUGAGAACAAACAUGCAGCCAAAACUGGAGUUUUGUCCAUCAUUUGGUGAUGGCGUUCAUUUAGAGGGAUCGCAUGGUUCCCGAUCGUCGCACCUCUCACAGUACUCUCAGGGUUUGCGUCAAUCGCCCCAGCUAGAGCUAGAGUCACCCAUCGAGGAUUCCCUAUUUUAUCACAUGCCACCGGACGAGCAUCUCCAGCCGGUGUACGUGGGCCCAGAAGUGGUCCAGAGGUAUUACCCCCACGAAACACCCUACUUCGUCCCGAGCAUGGAUUCCUCGCAUGUAUAUCCUGUGGACCCCUCGAUGGCGCUUGCAAACGCCCCGGCACCUAUGUCACCGCUUAACGCCUACCACCACAACCCGACAUGGGAUAUGCAAGGUCGAGAUAAUGUGACCAUCCCAUCAGGUGUACCUGCCGACCAUCAGCAGCGUCCCGCCUUUGAUUUCGUCCCCUCUCACGAACCUCUCGACAUGUACUCCAUCCCCAGCGCCCAGUACAGCAUGCACACCUACGACUCGUUCGAAUUUCAGACGCUACGAGAGCACAGCAUGAAUGCGUCCUUGGCUAGUCAGGUCGCAUGAUCAUUCUUUCUAAAAUCCCAUUUGUGCUGUACAUUACCCUUGCGCCGUCAUUUGUGAUUUAUCUAUCCCUAUCUUUAUUUCCUUGUCAUCUACUGUAUCAUCACUCUUUUCGUCUAUGGAGAGCCACGAUUUUUUUUAUACUCGUACGGCCCGUUGUAAUUAGCGUUAUACCUCUCCUAGUUGUUCCUAUGUACUGUACUGGCAUGUAAUCCAUCGGGGUAUCAAUGUAAAUGUAUUCAAUA